AUGAACCAAAUACGCGCCAUCCAGGCGCUCAACAAGCGCGAGAUCGAGAACGGAGUGUCCCCCGAAGCCUCCUGGCACACCGACUACCGCGACACUGCCUUCAUCAACUUCGGCGGCCUGCCCUACGAGCUAUCUGAAGGCGACAUAAUAACGAUCUUCUCGCAAUACGGCGAGCCAGUCUUCCUAAAACUAACGCGGGACAAGGAAUCCGGAAAAUCCAAAGGGUUCGGCUGGCUCAAGUACGAGGACCAGCGCAGCUGCGACCUGGCGGUCGACAACCUGGGCGGGGCCGAGGUCAGCGGGCGCCUGGUGCGCGUCGACCACGCGCGCUACCGUGCGCGCGACGACGAGGACGCCGACGAGUUCCGCGUCAGCUGGGAGGACAUUAUACGAAGAGAAAAGGCGGCGCGGGGCGAGGAUGUCGAGAUGGAGGAGAGUACUGCGGAGGAGGAUGAAGAGGGGGAGGAGGCUAGACGGAGACUCUUGAUCAGGGAGGAGAGGGAGCUGGCGCAGCUGAUGGAGGAGCACGACGAGGAUGAUCCGAUGAAGGGCUUCUUGAUCGAGGAGAAGAAGAAGGAGGUCGAGCUGGCGCUGAGGAAGAAGGGUGGAGAACGCGGGGACGGGAGGGAGAAGAAGCAUAAGCACCGCCAUCAUCAUCACCGGAGUCAUCGCUCCAAACGGGAUGAGAGCGAUGGGGAACGGGAUGGCCGACAUAGGAGGUCGAGGCGCGAUGAGACUCCUGAGGCAAAGGAGCGGAGUGGUCGAGGUCGCGACGAAAUACCAAAGAAAAGGGGUGAAUCUAGGGAUCAUGGGCGGAGACAUCGUGACGAUGAUCACGAUAGGUGUAGGGAUCGAGAGAGGAGGAGAGAUCACGAUGAUAGGGACGGUCGUGACAAGCGCUCACGUCGUGGCGAAUCGGAAGACGGGGAUAGGGAUCACAGAAGCAGGCGGAAGAGCAGAAGCAGGUCCCCACGGUCUCGUAGAGAUUGA